AUGAUGCCAGCUGACAAUCACACCUUCUUUUAUCCUGUAACUUACAUUCUGACCGGCAUCCCGGGUACGGAGGAGUCUCAUGUCUGGAUCGCCAUCCCGUUCUGUCUAAUGUACGUUGUGAUACUUUUUGGGAACUCUCUCCUAAUAUUCAUCAUACUAACAGAACAAAGUCUCCAUGAGCCCAUGUAUCUAUUUGUGUCCAUGCUGGCCACUGUUGAUCUGCUGUUAUCUACCACUACGGUGCCCAAGAUGCUGGCUAUAUUCUGGUUCAGAGCGGGGGAAAUUUCUUUUGCUGCUUGCCUGACCCAGAUGUUUUUCAUUCAUGUCAGUUUCAUUGCCGAGUCAGCCAUCCUGCUGGCCAUGGCAUUUGAUCGGUACGUUGCCAUCUGCGACCCCCUGAGAUACACCAUCAUACUAACCAAGUCUGUGAUCGGGAAGAUGGGGCUGGCAGUUGUCACAAGAAGUUUCUUAAUCAUUUUUCCUCUCAUCGUUGUCAUGAAGCAGCUGAAAUUCUGCAGAACCAACCUCCUGCCUCAUACUUAUUGUGAGCAUAUGAUCAUAGCCAGGCUGGCCUGCAACAACAUCAGAGUCCACAUCUGGUAUGGUGUAGCUGUGGCUAUUUUAGUAAUUGGUUUAGAUGUUGUGCUCAUUGCUGUAUCAUAUGGGUUGAUCCUCAGGGCCGUCUUCCGGCUCCCCUCCAAGGAAGCCCGGAUCAAGGCUCUCCGCACCUGUAGCUCUCAUGUCUGUGUUAUACUGAUGUUCUACGUGCCGGCUGUUUUCUCUUAUUUUGCACACCAAUUUGGGCACGUCAUCCCAGGUUAUAUUCUCAACCUACUGGCCAACCUCUAUGUGCUCAUUCCCCCCAUGUUAAACCCCAUCGUUUAUGGGGUGACAACAAAAGAGAUCCUGAAACGGAUACUUGCUGCUAGCAGUCGCAGAUGGGCCAUACGCCAUGUUGGGUCCCACCAGAACCAGCAUCGUUACACCUGCCCAGUCAUUGCCGCCAACCCCCGCAUCAUCCGAGUCAUGGUGAAACCCCCCAUGGUGAAGGAGGAGGUUGUGGGGAAGCCAGAGGGCCCUGCACUCCCACUCUGCAGUCAGCCGUGA